GUGGGCAGCGCCGCCACGCCGAUGGGCGACUCCUCGUCCCCCUGCUGCUGCUGAGCCGCCGCGGCAGCAUGGAGCCCGCCGGGCUGCCCCGCCGCGUCCCCCCGCUCCUCUUCCUCCUCCUCACGACAGAUCAGGGAAUCUGGCAGCAGUGCAGUGACAGUGGCUGGCCCUCCGAGCCGAGUAAUCCUUGGUAUCCUGGCAGCACAUCAGUCCAGUCACUGACCGCUGAGCAGAAAGAAGAAAAGCAGAUUGAAGCUUUGGAGACGACAACUUCAGCGCGGAGGAUAAUCCUGAAUUUUAUGCCAUCCUUUGGAAAGGAGACGUUACGGACAACAGCUGUUACUCCACAGUUUGAACGAAACGUGGAUUAUGUGGACUUCAUUCAUUUAAACAUUUUGGAAAAGAAAGUUCUUAACAAUUCUGAGGUUUUAGUUCAGUAUUUAUGUUCUAAGCCUUGUAUCGUCAACUUGGAAGCGGUAGCUUCCUCAGAGUUCAGGACUGGUGUACCAGUAUACAGAAGGAGGUGGAAGGAUGAGAAGAACCUUUACAUUAGUCAAACUCGGCAAGUGCAUUUGAAGUUCCCAAGCAUCAUGGUUUACAGGGAUGAUUAUAUCAUCAGAAACUCAAUAAUGGUGCACAGUGUGAUAUUAUAUGCAUGGAUUAGUCACAAACCAGUUAGCAGCUAUGAUGCUGAGCAGAAUGAAAGCUACCAGGAGGCAGUAGCCAAAAAUUACACUUUUUUAGAAGCAGUUCCGCCUUUUGAACGCCCAUAUAAAGACCACAAAGUCUGUCUUCAGUGGGGCACUGACUAUUUGUGGAUGCUCCAGGCAAACAAGAUACCCCAGUGCCCUCAUGAAAGCGAUGGCGUUCAGAUUCUCAACUUCAUAUAUGCUUCCAGUGGGGAGAAGACAGGAAUUGUGAAGAGAUUUGAACAAUUUGAAAACAGAGAACUUGAAACAGUCAGGCAACAUCAGAUUGAUUAUCCGAUGUUCACCGUUUCAAUCUGGCUGUAUUUACCACAUCACUGUGAAAAGGACUUGUGUGGUAUUCUGUAUUUUAUUGAUCCAAAAGAAAUGUAUGGUACUCCUGCUGUAUUUCUAAGUGAGGAAGGUUGCGUGCAUAUUCAGAUGCACCUCAUUAGAGGAGAUGACCUUGCAGUGAAAACCAGCUUCAGCCUUCCUCUGAAGCAGUGGUUUCGACUGGAUCUCUCUUUUAAUGGUGGACAGAUAGAAGUAAGCAGUGUUGGGAAGAAUUUGAAAAGACAACAUCAUCAAUCUUUUGUUUUUAGGGAAGAUUUCUACUAUGAUGACACUGCUGGAUAUUUUGUUCUUGGAGGCAGUGGAUAUGUCAAUGGUAUUGAAGCAUUCUUUGGACCCGUGAAAUACUAUCGGCUCAAUGUGUUGGACACAGAACAGAUUUCUAACCCUCUUUAUGACAAAGAAACAGCGGAACAAAUUGAACACUACUAUGAGAGAUGUAUGGACAUUCAAGAAGUAGUUUAUGAGUACAAACAUAUUGUAAGGCAAGGUCAGCUAGCACAAAGAGAUUGUUACUCUGAAAACUAUUACUUAGAGCAGCUUCGCAAAUAUGGAGAAAAGUCCAGAUGUGAUGCCUUCAUGUGGGGAAAAGAACUCAGGGAAAAGUACCACACCUUGUUCAAACUGUUGCAAGAGAUGGAUUUCAGUGCUCCGGAUGAAGAUGAAAGUGAUACAAUUCUAGAAGUUGGCCGGAGGAUAUUUGAGAAGGUUGCAAAGGAUUUAUCCAGUGCUGAUGGCCUAAGCAAUAUGGGCUCCUCUGUCCCUUUCUUGGUGGAUUCCAGUUGCUGUGGAUACCAUAAGGCUUCCUAUUUCCUUGCAGUUAUAUUUGAAACAGGGCUCGGUGUGCCUGUCGAUCGUACAAAGGGACUGCUGUAUAGUUUGGUUGGUGCUCAGGGGAAUGAAAGACUUGCUGUGAUGAAUCUUGGCUAUAAACAUUACCAAGGCAUUAAUAACUAUCCAAUUGAUUUGGAGCUGUCGUAUGCUUAUUACAGUAAUAUUGCAAUAAAGACAUCCUUGGAUCAACACACUAUAAAAGGGGAACAGGCGUUUGUUGAAACUAUAAGGCUGAUGGAUGAUGAACUGCUAAAAGCCCAAACAAAAGAAAAUGGUGAUGUCUUUAUGUGGUUAAAACAUGAAGCAACAAGAGGAAAUGCAGCUGCACAGCAACGAUUGGCUCAGAUGCUAUUUUGGGGCCAGCAAGGAGUGGCAAAAAAUCCUGAAGCAGCAAUAGAAUGGUAUGCAAAGGGUGCAACAGAAACAGAAGAUCCAGUGUUAAUAUAUGAUUAUGCCAUUGUGCUGUUUAAGGGCCAAGGUGUGAAAAAGAACACAAAGCUUGCAUUAGAAUUGAUGAAGAAAGCAGCAGCCAAGGGCUUGCCACAAGCAGUGAAUGGAUUGGGAUGGUAUUACCACAAUUUUAAAAGAGACUACAGAAAAGCAGCCAAACACUGGUUAAUUGCUGAAGAGCUGGGGAAUCCAGAUGCAUCUUACAACCUUGGUGUCCUUUAUUUAGAUGGGAUUUACCCUGGAGUACCCAGUAGAAACCAAACAGUAGCUGCACACUAUUUCUAUAAAGCUGCUCAAGGAGGACAUAUAGAAGGGACUUUACGAUGUUCUCUGUACUACAUCACGGGAAAUAUGGAAGACUUCCCUAGAGAUCCAGAAAAAGCUGUAAUAUGGGCAAAACAUAUUGCAGAGAAGAACGGUUACUUAGGUCAUGUCAUCAGAAAAGCACUCAAUGCUUAUCUGGAACUUUCAUGGCAUGAAGCUCUGCUGCAUUAUGUUCUAGCAGCUGAAACUGGGAUUGAAGUGUCACAGUCAAAUUUAGCACACCUCUGUGAAGAAAGACCAGACCUAGCAAGGAAAUACCUAGCAACUGAUUGUGUUUGGAGAUACUACAAUUUCUCUGCAUCUCAAAUCAAUGCACCCUCAUUUGCUUAUUUGAAGAUGGGAGAUUUCUACUACUAUGGCUACCAGAACCAGUCUAAAGACCUUGAGCUGUCAGUGCGGAUGUAUGCACAAGCUGCAUUAGAGGGAGAUUCACAGGGUUUCUUUAAUUUGGCCCUUCUCAUAGAAGAGGGCAACUCCAUACCUUCCUACAUUCUGGAUCACUUGGAAAUUGAUCAGGCAUUGCAUUCUGGUAAUACUUCACUUCUUCAGGAACUUUAUUAUAGGUGCUGGAAUCAUAGUAACCAAGAAUCAAUUAGUCCAUGCUCACUAGCAUUGCUUUAUUUUUACGUGAGAGUUCUCUGGAACAAUUUACAGUCUACUCUGAUAUACUUCAUGGGAACCUUUCUUUUAUCGAUUCUGAUUGCAUUUGCAGUGCACUAUUUUCAGACUCUAUCUGCCAGUAAUUCUCUUGGAACAAGAUCAGAACCAUCAUCGGAUGAGCCUUCUUCCUCAGGGAACAGCAAUGAAGAUGCUACACGGCCAGCGCAGCAAGAUGAAACUACUUUAUCAAAUGAUUCAGUGGAGCAGGAGUUAAACCCUCAGAAUCCUCUUGUUACCAGCUGAGGUGUAGUUUUCUUAAGGUUGAUAUUCUAUCAGGAUGAUGGGAUAUGAACAACUACAACUGUAAGAACUGGCAACCAGCCCUAUUAAUGGCAUUAAUAAUGCAGCCCGACAGCCAAAAUCCACUGAACUAAUUUCUCUACUGUAACUUAAAAAAAAAAACACCCCUACAAUAACUUUAACAGUCCAAACAGAGAAUACAGCUUAUCUCACUAUACCCAACAUAUGAUAAUAGUGUAUUGUAUUGAAGGAUUACAAGAACACAGGCACACUUUACCUAAUUGAAAAAUGAGGUAAACUCCCACUGGUUUUGAUGAAGAAAAUAUCUUACUCAGAUGUCUAAUAACUUAUCAGGUGGCCUUUACUGCAUUUGAGCUUACCGUACAAUUACCAGAGUUUUAUGAGUUGGAAGCAUGGAAAUGAUAUAAAAGUGAAACCCAGCCACCUAGUUCCACUUUCCAAAUUCCAUGGAACACCAGCAAGGACUUUGGUACAGUGAUAACAAUUACUUUUUUGACAUCUUACAUUCCAUUCUAGCUCUUUUAUGCAGAAAGUAUUUUCUUUUGAAACAAAAAUACUGGUAAGAUUUGCAAUAUGAUCAUAACAUAGUAGUCCUAUUGGCUGACUCUUGAAAUGUCAGUUUCAUGAAUGUCAGCGUUUUCCUGGGGCUACAAUUAAAGUGUCUCCCACCCCACCCAAGAGCCACUGAUUAGAGAAAGAACCCUUACUAGAUAAAUAAUAUUUAAAUGUAACCAGGUGACAUGAAGUGAGUGAACAAUUUGUUUUCAUUUCUUACAUAGGUAACGCUCAAAAUGAUUUAUUUCAUGUUCUACCGUACCUUUUCAACACAUGAGUUUAAGUGACAAUUUAUAUGAUAAACAUUAGAUGGGAUAAUAAGUAUAGAGUGCAAACGUCUUCUGUGUGAUUUAAGGCUGUGAGGUAAGUGGCUGUAGGAGAGGUCUGACCUUUAAAGCAGGUGUGUAUGCACCUCUGCAAAAUUAUUUAGAUCACAGUCUAUCAACUGCAUCAAUCUAUGCAUUAUUAUUGAGGGUUAAAUUCACUCUCCUUGCACUACAUUAUUUACUCUUGUAAAUAAAAAUAUUUUUCUAAUUC